AAUUAGCCGAGGAAAAGGGGAAAAUCCUCGACCUUAACCAGGAAAUUCAUAAGCGAAAAACAAUCACGAGGCAGAAUCAAUUAUUAGAAGAAUUCUAUAAGAAAAAAAAUGAAGAAGAACAAAAGAUAUUUGAUGAUAGUCAGGAGAAAUACUUUGAAGAGUCCAACAAAAAUGGACAAGGCAAGGAAUUGGCUAGUCGGUUCAAAAGUUCGUUGCCGAAUAUUAAUUAUAAAAAGUCAUUUAUAGCCACUGGCUUAGCUGCUACGCAUGUUGUUGCUUAUCAAUACGGACAAAUUGGACAAAGUGCG